AUGCAGGAGCCGACGCCUUCAUCGUCAGAGCUAGAGCGCAGUCCCUUGGCAGGACGUGGUCGCACAGAUCUAGAGACUGAAGGAGACUCGUGGCAGCACCGCACUGUUGCACAGGCUCAUGACAAUCUGCAACAGUCAUUGCGGAAUGAAUUGUCGGGAAGCAGUCGGCGGGAAACGCACGCGCUAGCCCCCAGAAGAGCUUUGACGGUCGACGCCAAUCACCCCGUUCCUGUCGCUCAUGCGCGGCCAAUACCAUACUACGAAGACCGCAGUAUACGACGACCGGUUGAAGCUGUACAGCAACAGGAGCGGUACAACGUUGCAGAGAGCCUCCCCAGAGUACCACAAGUUCCUGAAGCCCAAGUACGAAACUCCCCUGGCCGUACAGGCAAAUUCUCUCGCUUGGGUCUAUUCGGUCGCCGAACCAAAUCUCCCUCGACUGAGGUCGAAAAGUCACCGCGCAAGUUGCAGCGGAAAGGUCCUGCCGCCGGUACAGGCCAUGAGGCAUAUGGAAGGUACGGGAGAAGAGGCCGCAAAACGUCACAAGAUGAUUCAUCUGCCAGGGGUAGUGAGAGUGAGAGGUCCGCUAGCAGUAACAGAAGAGUACCUCUGUUCACGUCAAGGACAAAGGAGACCCGCAGCACUAGUCGCCAUAAUCGCAGCAGCCAAUCUGACCUGGACGAAUUUGCAGCCACUCGUUUGAAGCCAGUGCCCAUGGUUGGUGGCUCUGGCAACAAUAUGAAGAGCGAGUCUGGCAGCCAACUCAACAUAUACAGCACCUCAGCACCUGCUGGCCCCGUCUUCGACGGAUGGGACACUCCUGCACAGUCAAAGACUUCUUUGGGCCAACAGUCUUCCCACGACAGACAGUCUACCACCAAGGACCCAUCAACCGGUCCCACUCUGGCAUUACGGCGGUCGCAACGUUUUGGGAAUGAUGCGGAGGCUUUCAUUCUGCCAACUCCAAUCAGGACCGAUGGCCUCUCGGCGCCCUUGUAUAUCAAUAGCCAGGACGAAAGCCGGUCUUCGGCCUUUCCGACGUCUACACCAAGCACAAUUCCUGAUCCCAGUCGCGGAGACAUUGUGUCCCAGAAGCCUAAGGAGAAAAAGUCCAGGAAGCUUCGAUGGAAUAUUUUCCGACGGAGAGGCACAGAGCCCGAACCUGAGGAGCCUGUUGGUCUACCAUUUUCGUCCCCUGAAGAGAUGCCUGUCAGCGUUUCUGCGAUCCCCAUAUCGCGACCGAUGCCAUACUAUGCGAUGAUUGAUUGCGAGAGUGAUGUCAACCCACCUGAACCUGUUGGGGACUACCUCGCACAAGUGGUAGACUUUCCAGGAGUCAGUCCCUUGGUUGAAGGCUAUGACGCGGAUCUUGGGGAAGAUGAGCCGCACCACGAAGUCUCUGAAGACGAAAUCUUUCUUCCAAGUGUCCCAGUCUCGCCACAGCAGACUUUUGCAAGAGCACCGCCUUCAGUACCGCUACAAAAUCCGAUCGAGCAAGAACCGCUCCCAAUAGAGCCGCCGGCACAACGGCCGCCACGUCUCGUCCGCGUUGGCAGGAUCCCGCCAGUCGUACCGCGGACCGAAAGGGAACAUAAACCCAGCCGGGCGUCUUUUUCUCAACCGUUCAUGAGAUCUCCUGUGAUGGAGGAUUCUGACGCGGUAUCAAGCUUCUCAGAUGUCCCGCCGUCAAUGCCACUUCAGAUCAGCACUGACGUGCUAUUAACUCGACCUUGCGACAACUCUGACAGCAAUCAAGCCGUCAAUGCCUCCAAUCUCGGAGAAGCUGAGUUCUUGCAAUUCCCAUCGAGGCAGACUUCUGAAGUCUCAACUUCGAGCGGUUCAGCAGGUGUAGCGAGUAUUCUUGGUCCGCCCCUCGUUCCAGGACCUUCGAUAGUUCGAAUGCCUGAGAGAAGCGCCUUGCAGACAGGUACUUACUUUCCUGGUAGUCCAAUUAGUGACGAGGUCUGGAACGAGUACGACGACUUCAUUGAUCAUGUCAUGUCGCCGUCCCAAGCCCGAAAAAGCAUCAGGGCACCAGCGCAACCAGAUAGCCCAAGCCUCGAGCGUUCCGGGCUUGAAAGAUGGCAGAUGGUGCAAGAUCACUCGUUGAGAGCACAAUCAUCAGAUCCCAUCCUGGCGGAGUUCCCCAUCCCAGCCAUGAAAAGACCCCUCUAUGCAGGAGUGCCGGCGACAUCAGUCACGCCGCCAGUCGUGUUUCCACCUCCGACUAUGCCCGAGCGACUUGUCGGGGAUGACAUUCGAUUGCGCCGCUCAAGGAUCGCUUCGGCGUUGCAUUCCUCAAUGGACCCUUCGUCGCCGCUGUCUAUUCGAGAUCUCCUGAACGAGUACGGACAUCAAUCGGCAAGUAGUGCCAAAUUUUCCGAGCGCCUGAGCACAUCUAGUGCGAGUCAUUCGCUCGAACGCCCGAUGACGAUUACAAGUGCGCCUGAUUUGCCCUCCGAACCGUCUCAUCAGGACAAUGUAGCAAUGCUGGAAGUUGUCGAACGGAGCAAAGAUCCAAUCGCUCAAAGCGAGCUUCACUAUGCGUCCCUUAUGGUGUCCAAAUGGCUUUCAUUCGGCAGGGUGCUGUUUUCGCCUGCACAUGACGAAAUUCAAACCAUUCCUGAAAGACAUAUUCUCGUCAUUGAUGGGCUUGGGAACGAAGAUUGGUCGAUCUACUGCGCCGUCACUUACGAAGCGCAAAAAGCCUUUGUUCAUGACCUCAAGGAGAAGACCCAAGCGAAGGGAAUGAGAAUGUCCCAGCCAUCUCAGCACGCCCCAGACAACCAUCGACGAGCGGAGGUGGCCAGUUUCCACGAGCGCUUCCCUUUCCCGCCCAGCUUCUUUUCCGUAAUUGUACUACGCUUUCCACCUGCAAUGGCAGAAGCCAAGAUGAAGAACAUCAUCGCCGAGUGCCGGCGCGUGUUGCUUCCUGGGGGCUAUCUCGAAAUGAUGCUUCUGGACCUUGACAUUGUCAAUAUGGGGGUGCAGACUCGACGCGCCGUCCGAGAACUGAAGUUUAGGAUGACCACAGCAGACAAGCAGCUUAGUCUUCGACCUAUCAUCGACAAUGUCCAGAGCGUGCUCGGCUCACGAGGCUUCACUAACAUCAGUCGCUGUGUCGUUGGCGUCCCAGUUGCAGGACGCCCGCCUGGGUCGGCCGAUUCCUCCUCGUCCUCGCGUUCGAGUCGAGGAUCAGACGGGAUCGCCAAACGACGGUCUGGUGAUGCGAGGCCAUCCGAUGCAUCUCCCCGAAUGACUUUUAGCCAAGGCCGCAGGGGGACCAGCCUUUCAUUGAAUGAGCUGCUGUCCGACCGUUCAGACAAUGCCGAUCUGCGUAUCGGGAAGAUCGUGUCGACGACCGCACGAACAUGGUGGCAGCGUUGCUUUGAAGCAAGCGUCAUCAGCGACGGCAAUCUCGCUAAAAGCAUCUUCGCCGACAAGAACGUGCUGGGCGAGUGCAAAGGGCGUGGCUCCAGCUUCAAGAUGCUCAUCGCAUAUGCGCAACGCCCAGUCUUUGAGACCCGGCGGCGGACUAUGAGUGAACCGGUUGUCCCGACACUCGCUACGGCCGGAGGAAAGAGGCACACGCCAUCCACUGGCAACCCGUGCACGGCUUGA